GGCAAGAUUAUAUUACGAAGUGAUCACCUGCAUGUAGUCCAACCUAUGAUCGCUUUUAGGUAGCGUGUCCUUGCCUAACAUUUUCACACCCGGCACGUAAAAUGGGCAGCUCGGGCGGCGGAAUUCUCUCUAAGCUCAAAGCUUUGGAUGCUUACCCAAAAAUAAAUGAGGACUUCUUUACCAAGACGAUGUCUGGAGGCAUCAUAACGAUCGUGGCUUCGGUCGUUAUGGUUCUGCUGUUUCUUUCAGAGCUACGGCUAUACCUCACGGCGCAAUCAGUUCACGAGCUUUCAGUGGACAUCGGGAGAGGAGAAAAGAUUCAAAUCCAUUUUGACGUGACGUUUCCCAAGGUGCCAUGCUCAUGGCUGAGCCUGGACGCGAUGGACAUCAGCGGCGAGCUGCACCUUGACCUGGUAGACCACGACGUGUACAAGCAGCGGUUAAGCGCCAACGGGUCCCCGGUCAAGGAGGUGGAGAAGCAUAACGUAGAUGCCACAAAGAAGAAGGUGCCGGUGAACGAAACGGCAGCUAGCAACGCAACUGCCGUGCCAGCAUGCGGCAGCUGCUAUGGCGCGGAGGACAAGCAGGGCGACUGCUGCAACACCUGCGACGAGGUCCGCGCCGCGUACCGUCGCAAGGGCUGGGCGCUGACCAACGUGGACCACAUUGAGCAGUGCGCGCACGACCUGUACACGGAGAGCAUCAAGGAGCAGGCGGGAGAGGGCUGCCACAUGUGGGGCAUGCUGGAGGUGAACAAGGUGGCUGGCAACUUCCACUUUGCGCCGGGGCGGUCGUACCAGCAGGGCAGCAUGCACGUGCACGACAUUGCGCCCUUUGGCGACGCGGUGAUUGACUUCCGCCACGUCAUCAACAAGCUCAGCUUUGGGGAGCCGUACCCGGGCAUGAAGAACCCGCUGGACGGCGCGAAGGCGGGCCCCACCUCCGCCACCUCCACCGGCAUGUUCCAGUACUUCCUCAAGGUGGUGCCGACCUCCUACACCGACAUCCACAACAGCACGCUGUCCACCAACCAGUUCUCAGUGACUGAGAACUUCCGGGAAGCGCAGGGGGCCGCAGGCAAGACGCUGCCUGGCGUGUUCUUCUUCUACGAUCUGUCGCCCAUCAAGGUGAAGAUCGUGGAGCACAGCUCUUCCUUCCUGUCCUUCCUGACCAGCGUGUGCGCCAUUGUGGGCGGCGUCUUCACGGUUUCGGGCAUUGUGGACGCAUUCAUCUACACCAGCACACGGCUGAUUAAGAAGAAGAUGGAGAUUGGGAAGUUCAGUUGAGGGUUUAGGGCUUAGGCUGCGGCGCAGGUAGGGGUUGAAGCUGAUGCGGGGUGCAUGCGUUCCGGUUCCCCAGGUGCUAGGCUUUUGUGCGGACGGAGAGAGGGAGGGUGGACUGGGGUGAGGAAUCAUGAGGUUAGUCUCGUGGUUAACCGGGGCCUUUCAUGGCGACGGGCAAGCAAUACAGGCCCUACAGCAAUGCCUUGGAGGGUAGAGAGGGGGGGAAGCCGGUUGAGGGUUUCGAAGAUGGUUACGAUAGCUGAGAGCAUGGUUUUGCUAAGUUGUUUUGUCUUUCGUGUCCAGACAUGUCCCUUGGACAGCGGUCGGCCGAAUUGCAUGUAUCCGACAUGCGCUGGUUGCACAGCGGCUGACUUCUUGUGAUUUGCAGGAUUAUAGAAUUACCCACUACAAUAGUCCAUGUGUUUGCUAACACAACCUACUAUUUGUACUAUUGCAGUUGUUACUGUACUGCUUGGAGUUGCAAGCAUGCAAAGGAGGAACUGUAAAGGAGGAACUGUUGUCUUUCAGCAAGUGGGUUAUACAUCUUACCGUUUAUACAAGGAUUAACUGGUCGACUAUUGGCCCCAAGCUAGUCGUGGGCCGCAAGACCAACUUGGCGGACGUUCCCUGACGUUGAUACCUUUUCAGUGCAUAGCAACUGGGAGCUCUUGAACUUGUUGGAACAGCAAGACCAGGUGACGGAAACGCAGGAUGCCUAACCUGGGGGGUUCUUUGUGUUAGCUCCGCCUCUGCAAGCUGGUGUGACUGCUUACCGGUUCGCGGCACAGCUUAUGAAGACAUUAUUUUCAGAAGUACUGUUCUUGCAUUACCGCUUCUAGACCACGUAGUCUGGGGGACUGAAGCGACACGACGCUUAGGAGCAGACAGCACGGUCUUGGCGGUAACUUCGAUACCUAGCUUCCAAUGGUCCCAGCCUUUGAGGAAAGCUUAGCUCCUGGCCUAGACGUCAUUCACCGUGUUGGGAGGGCUGCCUCUUCCGGCAGCGCAGUGAAGCUGCUGUCCGCGGGGUACAGCCUGGACCAACAGCGCAAAGCUGUCGGCACCUUCGAUACGGAGGCUCUACGGGAAGAAGAUGAGAAUGGGCUGGUGUUGACAGCCGCACAGUCCCCGGCUGCUGCGCUGCGCGCCAGGUCGUCCAUGUCGCUGACAUCCAACAGCUGCACCUCCUCCUCCUGCGAAGAGUCCACACCCUCGUCCUCAGGCGAUACCCUCUCCGAACGCAGCCUCACCACCGAGUGCAAUGUCGCAACCCAGGGCGACACCACAGCCAUCAUAGGUACCCUGCAUACCUGCUCCCCAUGCACGGCGACUGCGUUCGCAGCUGCCGCCACAGACUCGCCGGAAAGCGUGGACUCUGCGCCGCUGGAGCAUGCAGCGCCUGUGACGGACGCAAUGCCGGCUGCCGCCGCCGCAUCAACAGCAUCAACAGCGAUGUCUAGCCUGGGCAAGGAGACAGAUGAGUUGUCUGGAGUGCCCAACGGGUUUCAUCCUGAGGACGUGCAACUUGCACGCAUGCUGACAGCGGCGGCUCAGGCAGUCAGCAUCAGCCCCGUGCAGCUGCUAGAGACAUUGCUCAACUUCACGCCUGAGGAAUGCCAGGACCUGGCGAGCGUGGUCGUCGACAGCGGCUGCAGCUGUGUGCAGCUGCUCGCCUACCACCUCCACAACCUGCGGGUCAUGGAGGAGGUGGCCCAGGUGGGAACUGCCGCCCAUGCUGGCAGCGUCAGCAGCGGUGGAAGCAACAAGCAGACAGCCGACAGCGACGAGGAGUCGGAGCAGGCAGCGACCGACACGCACGCCGGCAGCGACAGCAGCGAGUGUGGUGAGGCAGCCCCCGCACCGGCUGGUGCCGCUGCUGCUGCUGCUGCUGCUGCGGACGCUCAAGAGACUCCGGAGGUGAAGGCAGCUUUUCGGGAGGUCUCCUUCUCCUCCAUGCAAGGCCAGCACCGCCAGGCGGCUAUGCGCCUUGUCAGCCUGGCACUUGAUCUCAUGCAGGCCAGGCAGGCGCAGACGCCGCCGACGACUAUCCGUGGGCCGCCGGCCCCGCCGCCGCCGCCGGGCAUCCGAAAUAAAAAUAGGCAUGCGGUUGCCUUGGCUGUUGGUAACAUACUUGGUUUGGACGCGGGCGCACCCACCGGCGUCGGCAAUCUCCGGCACAUGACUGUUGACGCUCUGCUCCCCCUGGCCUCCGACAUCCUCGGUCUCCAGGACCCGGGCGCGGCCCAACUGCCGCCACAGCAGCAGCAACCGCAGCAGACAGCUGCGGCCACCCGCCACAGCUCGACUGCUGCCGUCCUGGGCGCUCGGCCUGCUGCCACGGCCGCCUCCUCCAGUGCCCUGGGAGGCCGCGCUGCCCUGGAGGCGGCGGUGCAGCAGCUGACAGGUGCCAGCCUUGCAGACAUCACCCAGGCACUGGCGGCGUCGGGACUAGGCGCCACCGCCACAAAUCCGCCAGCAGCGACUUCGGCAUCAUCAGCUGACCAGACGGCCCUGGCAGCGGCCUUGGCGCUGGCAGGUCGUGGAGGGGUGGUAACAGCCCCAUCCGUCCACGGCCGUGCUGCCUCCGCUUCCAGUGCCGCGGGCCUCACCCUGGUUCCCCCCGGCGCCUUGCUGGAGGGUGCGGGCACGCCACGAAUGCGGCAUGCCUCGGUGGGGUCCCGUGUGGCGGCUGCGGCGCAACCGCUGCAGCAGGUUCAGAUUCCCCUGGCCACCCAGCAGGUACCCGGUGCGGGCAUGGUGGCUUUCCUACCUCGGCUGCAGCAGCAUCAGCCUCAGCCGCUGCUGCAAGUGCAGAUGCAGCAGCCUCGCCUCCUGAGCACCCAGCAGUACCUGCCGGGCGCAGCAGCCGCUGUGCCGCGAGGUUACCCCCAGGUAGGUCUGGACCCGCUGCGCGCCAAUGCCAUCGUGGCGCAGCAGAUCUAUAACCAGGGACAGCAGCAGCGGCGGCAGCUGCAGCAACAACUGCAACAACAGCAACUGCAGCAGCAACAACAGCAGCUGCUGCAGCAGCAGUUGCAGUUGAUUGAGCUUCUGACGGCAGCGAACAACGCGGGAGUGGAUAGCGCAGGUAUGGGGGCGUCUCUGGGCGCUUUGCAGGUCACCGACAUGUCGCUUCUGGGAUCCUCGGCACAGCUGGCACAGCGACAACAGCUGGCGCAGCAACAACAGAUGGUACAGCAACAAGAGCUGCUGAGGCUGGCUGCUGGUGGGG